AUGACAAAGCUAAAACCGGAGGAAACAAGCACAACACGCCAUAUUGAACUAAGCGUGUGUAGCCCAUCGGCCGGCAAGACUCUGAACAGGCUGAGACACCUAACCUCGACGACAAUCCGGCACUACGAGCGGUUUGAAAAUGCGAAGCAACUGAGUUAUUUACCGGCGCUUGACAGGGAAUGGAGAGGUUCAGCCUUAAAGCUGAAAAGCAAUGGUAUAUGCCGCCGGAAAGUGUGCAGAGCUGGGAAGCUCAGUACUUUGAAAGAUGGGCAGAGAGAGAGUCACAGAGAUGUAGACUUGUUGGGAAUGGUCACAUCCUGCAUCGAUAACGUCUGGUUUCUAUAUCCGAUCUGCAAAUUCACAGCGUUGGCACGCGACGUUUCCAAUCCCGAUGCCAUGGAAAAGACUCAGUGGAAUGAUGUCACGUCCUGCGCAGUCCACGAGACAAAAUAUCGAGGAUGUGCCUGUCCGAUGCCGAGUGAUGCGAGGUGGAGCUUUAGGGAGCGGUUGUACUCUCCCGCUCCCCUCAUACCACGGGUGCACUUGAUAAGAGCCCUUCAAAGGCACAGGCGACCCAAUAAAAGCUCGCUUCUAGUAUCGACAUCUGGUCUUGCGAAUAUGGACUCUCCAGCAUACGCUCACGGGCGGCGGCAUCUUGCCCAGAAGCCUAGUGUUGGGGAACAGCCCCUUCACCACGAUACCACUGCGUCUGCUGAUCUUGCUGGCGAGAUGAACUUUCCAUCUGCCAGCCCUUGGAUGAUCUCACAGGUUGUCAACAGCCAUGGUGUCUUACGCCAUCGAAGUCGUGACGAGUAG